AUAAACCCAUCCAUCUUUAUUAUCCUCCUGACAACCCUUAUCUUAGGUACAAUAAUAGUAAUCACCAGCUCCCACUGAUUAUUAGCCUGAAUCGGCUUCGAAAUAAACAUGAUAGCCUUCAUCCCUAUCAUAAUAAAAAACCCUAGCCCCCGAGCCACGGAAGCUUCUACCAAGUACCUCCUAACACAAGCCACCGCUUCCGCACUACUCAUAAUGGCAGUUAUUAUUAACCUAAUAUACUCCGGCCAAUGAACCAUCACAAAAUUAUUUAACCCAACAGCAUCCACACUCAUAACAGUAGCCCUAGCCAUCAAAUUAGGACUAGCCCCCUUCCACUUCUGAGUCCCAGAAGUAACACAAGGAAUUCCCCUAACCACAGGCCUAAUUCUAUUAACAUGACAAAAACUAGCACCCCUAUCAAUUCUAUACCAAAUUUCACCAUCAAUUAACCUAUAUCUAAUACUAACCAUAUCCCUACUCUCCAUCCUAGUUGGAGGCUGAGGCGGACUAAACCAAACACAACUUCGAAAAAUCAUGGCCUACUCAUCAAUCGCCCACAUAGGAUGAAUAACAACUAUUCUACCAUAUAAUCCAACCCUAACACUACUAAAUCUACUAAUUUAUAUCACAAUGACUUUCACCAUAUUCAUACUAUUUAUUCAAAACUCAACUACCACUACACUAUCAUUAUCCCAAACUUGAAAUAAGACACCCAUCAUCACAACCCUUACCAUGCUCACCCUUCUCUCAAUAGGAGGACUCCCACCACUUUCAGGGUUUAUACCCAAAUGAAUAAUUAUCCAAGAAUUAACAAAAAAUGAUAUCCUUAUUAUACCAACAUUCAUAGCCAUUACAGCACUACUCAACCUAUAUUUCUACAUACGCCUCACCUACUCCACAGCACUAACACUAUUCCCCUCCACAAACAACAUAAAAAUAAAAUGACAAUUCAGCCCCACAAAACGAGCCCCUCUCCUACCCACAGCAAUCGUAAUUUCCACAAUACUACUACCCCUCACACCAAUACUCUCAAUCCUACUAUAG